AGGGCUUGGUUCUCACAACCCAUCGAACACGGCGUGAAUCGCAUUUCAUUUAUCUUUUCUUCACGAACUAGUUCGGAAAAGUUUAUAUAUAUAUAUAGAAAAAUUUUUUUUAAAAAAAUGGUGUCUGUGCAAACUAUUGGAACUAUAGUGUUAAAAUCCUUAAAAUUGGUAAUUAAUUUAAUCAUUUUGAUUCUCUAUCGUACUGGAUAUUCAGGAGAAUUCCUGGGAGUCGGCGGGACAUGGAAUUUAAAUGAAGACAAAAAUCCAGACGCUGAAAUUGUCGCUUCUGGUGUUUUUGUUGGAUUUUUUAUUUACACGGCUGUAAUUCUACUUGGAUUUUGUUUCGGAAGUACAGCAGAAAAACGAAGUCUUACUGAAAUUAUUAUGAACUUUGUUGGAAUGAUUAUGUUUCUUGCUGUUGGUGGAACGGCCCUUCAUUAUUGGCACGGUUAUCAACCAGAACAUAAGUUAAUGUACGACACAACGGAAAGACAGGUCGGAUUGGCGUUGGGUUCUCUUUGUGUUGUGGAAGGAGCUGCGUAUCUGAUUGAUUUAAUUUUAAGUUUCUUACAUUUUGCUAAAGAAGAAUUUGGUGAUGAUCAAAAAUUUAAUUAUUAAGAAAAGCGAAAGUUUCUGAUUGUAAAAAUUAAAUUACUCUUAAAAUUGUUGAAA